CCACAUUAACUUUCCCACACAAAAACAGAAAGACUGAGAGAACGAUGAAGAUCCGACCAGACGUUGUACUUGUACGCCUGGGAUUUACCAUUUGUCUGUGUGGGUUUGGGCUAUUUUUGUUAAUUUUUAGCGUUGGUGUCCCAGAGGAGACAGCGCCGGAAACUAAAUUUCCGUCCAAGCAUCUCCCCAAUCGGAAUGUGAGGAUGUUAGUAUUGAAUAACACAACUAGUAGGAGCAACGUCAUAGAGACGCAACGCCAAAAUCGAGGUUUGGCGGGAAAACAUUCGACACCUGCUUUGCAUGUGGGUCAACGGGCAGUUAACGUCACUAUAGUAGACGAGCGACAGAGGGUGUUAUUAUAUUGGAUGCAAGCUGCUCGGGAUGGAACAUUUUCUAAAGAUGGUGUUACCCUGGUCCGAUUUGACAAGCAUUCUAACCUGGGGUUGCCCGUGCUGAUGAAGGACUACCCCGUGUACCGUACCCCCACGGUUGACACGGUCACCUACCUGCUUCAGUCUAAUCAGCAGUACCUGAUGGCCGCCGUCCUGACUGGUCUUAUUAAGGAAAUCAUCUGGGUCUGGCCAAAGUGGGACUACAGGGCUCACUUCGCGGAGUACUCCCUCGGUGUGAUACAGGCCGGAACUAUCACUACCAGAAAAGGAAAGAGGUUCUGUCUGUGUAUGUUUGACUCGGACAGCAGCGAGAACACGUGUUUCUACAACUCCCUGUCGGACUCCAGUAGUGGGGUGGUGCACUUGGAUUUCCAGGACUGUGACGUCAGACACACGGUCAAGUACGUGGAACUCAGAGAGGAUAUUGCCGCGAAUUAUUUCCAGAGGCGGAAGGACAAAUUCAGCAACAGUAAAUCAGAGACACUGUUGGAUGUAGAUGUGGACUUCCUCUACUUCGUGAGCGCCGGGGAAUACCUGGUCCGCGCCAACGUUAGUCAUGACGACAUAGAUGACCUCAACUCCAAUCUGUGUCGUCUGCUGUGUCCAAGCAGUGGAGAUCAGGAGACAGAGAUGGACAGAUUUAUCUCUGAAUUCAUUGACAGAGUUCAGAGUCACAAACUUAAAUACAAAUUUGUGUCUAACUUUACCGAACUGUACAAAAACGGAAUGAAUUUUUUCCAAAAAGAGAAUUUCAGAUGGCUUCCAUAUUCGUGUCCUGUUACCGCGGACCAGACAAGACUGUUUAUUUCACGGUUUGUUCGGUCCGUGGCAUCCUUACCUAUUCCACAGCUAGCAGCACUAAGGAAGACCGGCUUCUGUCUUACUCCCGGGAGACAGAGCAUCAGAGAUCUACCGGAGAAAAAAUUCACCGUCUGCACGGGCGAAGUUUUCAUGUUUAACAAUCAGGGAAAUUAUAUUGACCCCUUGGAGCAGCGAAAAAGACUGCGGAAUUUUAGGGACAUUGUGACCGAAGUUUGUAAUUUUCCAGUAAAGCUUGUGACAGUUUGCAGGUCUGUCCGAGAUGGAUCUACUGACCGAACACUAGAGACCAAGCACGAACAACUGAUUAUCGAUGUUCUUCGGAGAAGGUUGUCGAAUACGAAUGUAUUCUACGACACAACCAUGCUGGGAGGGAAAAGGGGGUUUAGGGUCACUAGCAUAUCAUAAUAACGAAUUGAGUACCAAUAUUGAGGUGCCAUGUAUUGAUGUAAUUAAACUUUAUAUUCACUGCAACAACAGUGAAAUACACGCAUACGUACUUGCAUGUCAAAAUUUAUCAUAAGGUUUGUCAACUCUUGAUUUUAGAGUUAUCUUUCCUCUCUUUUACCUCAAACCUCUUGAUUGUUUUUUUAUUUCUUUGUUUGUUUUAAUCUACUAUGUAUAUUUUUGGCUUUCAUAAAUAAAUAAAUAUAAAGAUA